AGUAACUCUCUGGUCGCCUAUUAAUAUUCAUAUGUGCAAAGCAAAGUAUCAUUGGAAUCUCUUGGAUGAACAUCAUUAUGGUAUUUAAAGCUCUUGAUUUAUCAGAUUUCAUUUCUUUGUAUUAGAAACGUAAUCAAUAUGUUUUCGCUCAUCUCUGGCGAAAAAUUACUCUUCCUCAAUCUUUUGGCUGCCGAAAAAGUAGCCAGACGAAUGUCCACAUGUGCCGGGUAUGUUGUAUAUAGUAUCUGAUGUCUGGACUUUUAUUGUAUGGCUGACCUUGAAUUUAUGGAAAUUGCAUAAGUGGGAAGAAGUUUGUCAUAUUAAGAAAUAUACUGGAAGCAUAGAAAGCCGAAGGCAGUGAUGGUGACAUAAACGACCAGACCUUGGCAUUGUGUUGAAGGACUGUGAAUCGAAUUAUUCGAGGAAGUUGCUUGAAUUAUGGCUCAAGGGGGUACUUUGAAUUUAUGAGUAUUCAGGAUAUUAAGAAUGUCUUUUUUUUCGCCGGCCAGCACCAUCCAUCCAUCUUCCACACCCCGAAAACCAAACGAAAUCCGCUUCCUGCUGCCAAAUAAUUUACAACUUGCGAAUGCGAUGCACAGGCUAUGGGAAGAAAACAAAUAAUGAUCAGUCGCACAUAAUGCAUGCAUAUAUCCAUGGGCAUAUCGAUAACCCUUAUCAAGUGUGCGGCAUCGCGGCCAAAAAUAUACAAAUUAUGCUUACCAAAAGGCAGAGAAAACAUAAAUCAAUGGUUUUGGAAUACUCUAACCAAGACAGCAAUGUAUGAAACUUCAAACAUUUUUCCUUAUUUCCAAAUUUACUUAAGAGAUAUUAAGAUAAGUAUACAAGAAGUGCAAAUUUGUUGUACCUACUUAAAUAUUCAUAUGCAUACAUGUAUGUACAUACAUAUAUGGUUAUUUGCGUGUGGUUGGUCGCCUCAAGUGAUGGGCGUGGCACUUUCAACUCUGGUUCAACCCAUACAAUCAUGAAAACUCUGACCAGAUCUUGCCAAAAAUGAGCCCACCUUGAACCUGAGUUUAUCAAAUUGCAGUCAUUUUGCUUGUGGUUUUUAUAGUACUUUCAAAUAACUGAGAUUAGUUGGUCAGUAUCGUUACAAAAAAAAGGGUAAAAGUGAUCGACUUUUUCACUUUCCGCCAAUUUGAGGAUAUUUGCAGAGAUUUGAGUGUUGCAUGAUUCAUAAUCGAACAUUUAUAUCAUAAAAAAGUAAACAGUUCAGUUGCUUAUUUAUUACGCAGAAUUGCCUUAAGAGUUCAAUUAACCAUUAAAUAUUUUUAGAGGUGAAACAACGUUUGCCCUCACUUAAUCGACAAAAUUUGAACUAAUUCGAAUAAAAUUAAGAGUCAGAACGAAUUCACGAGUGGCUAAAUUAUUGUUUAAAAUGACCAAGGGCGUGAGGAUUUGCAACGAUGGAUUGCCUGGUUUGCCGAAUGAAAGGCCAUAUUCCCGAAGAACUUUAGAUACGCGGCAAAAGACUCAGAAGAUGUCCUCCAGGCCAUCUAGGAAACCAUUGCAGUCUCUACAAACUGUCGGUCGGAAUACGAGUUCCAGCCUGAAGCGCAUAGGAAGUCCGAUCUCCGAGGAAGAAUUUGGUGUCCUGGUGCAGCAGGAUUGUAAGGCAGAGCAGCAUCACACCGAUCGCCAAAACCUGGCGGACAUAAUCCUUAUGCAGGCCCGUCGCAUCGAGAAGCAGCAGCGGGAGAUGAAAAGAAUAAAGGCGCACUAUGAGCGCCAGGUGUCCACCAUCAAGAACAAUGCCAUCAUGCUGGAGUCGCAUCUGCAAAAGGUGCUGGCCAGUGUCGAAAGGGAUCGGGCCAAGCGGAUUGGCCACCACUGCCAGGACAUGCUCGGUGCCGUGGAGAAGCUGCAAAGGAGCGACAUCCAAGUGAAGCCGCAAUCUUCGGCCAACCAAUUGCUGAUCCAGUAUCUUCACUCCAAGAAAAUUUCGCAUUCGACCAAGAAGUCCAAUGAAAACACAAGUAGGUACAGGAAUAUGUUGUGAAUCGUAUUCUUGUGUGUACAUUGUGGUUUCACUGGGUUUUGUGGUCAGCUUAAAUUAGCAUAUAUGUGUAUUAAUAGAAGUACAAGUUAUUAUAAAAUAAAAUAAUGGCAACAAUG